UUUCUGUGAGUGCUUACAGAUGGCAGAGCUGAUGCAUCAGAUGCGUGAUCCGGCGCACACACUUGGCGGCUCGGUGGGCAGCAUACCACAAACAUUGACUGCUGGAGCUAGCGGCAGUGUCCAUGGUUCACUGAAUGGUAUACAUACCACGCCGGCGACGAAUUUAAAGAUGAGCGAGGUGCUGCGUAGUGCCCAACACGAUGCUAGUCCCAAUCUAGUAAGCUCCCAAAUGAAAUCAUCAAAGUCGUAUACUCAUGGGCUGAGCAACUCAUCGGGCACUGUAAACAUUCCCACAUCCACGUCGGCACAAAGUAAUCUAUCGCUACUGGCGGACAUUUCACCGAAUCACACGCACUUCUUUGAAGUCAUGUAUGUGGGCAAGAUACGCGUCUCACAGAAGCGAGUCCCCAACACCUUUAUUGAUGACGCCCUGCCCAAAUUUAAGGCCUACGAUGCGCAACGUUUGCGAAUCAUGCAAAAUCGCAAGAUGUCUCUGAACAGUGAAGGUGGUGUUGGAAUUGAACCCAAGAGUGGAGGCAGGACUUUAAAAAAUCACGAGCUUAAGGAGGAGGAAGAGGAGGAGAUAGAAGCACCGCCAAAGCCACAGGUUGAACUCCAGUUGACGGGCGUCGAAGUGGAUGCCAUACCACAGCCAUUAGAUUCCAACAAAGAGAACAAAUCGCCAGCUAAACGCGGCUUGCAGCGCGGUCAUAGUCAACUGGAGCUGGGCCAAAAACAGGUCAGCGCGGUAGAGGAUUCUAGUCAGCAAAAGGAGGCACCCAAUGCUACUUUAGACAAACAGCCCACAGAGUCGAAAGAUCGGGAUGAGAAUUCGGGGUUGGGAACAGCCGUAACAGUAGCUGACUCUAAUCAGUUGCAUCCACACUACGCGCUGGAGAACAUCCCUAAGAUGAGAGAUCGUUCUGCUUCGCAGGGCUGCAUACCACCCUAUGCCGAACAGAAUCGCACGAUGGUCUUUUUGGUGGGUCGCAGCGACUUGAGACUUAUCUCACCGGAUCGCAAGCAGGUGCUGCUCUACAAGGACUUCAAAGAUGUGGCCAGCUGUGUGCACGGCCAGAAAGCGCUGGAUCACUUCGGCAUCAUCUGCCGUGAGCUGAACAGCGAAGGCUACAUUGGUUACGUGUUUAAGUGCCAGUCAGAGCACGUAUGUGAUGACAUCGUAGCCGCCAUUGCUCAAGCCUUUGAUACCUGCGCCGAGCAAAAGAAAAAACAUGAGACACAGAUCUUCAGCUGCGAGCAUUGCCCAAUGCUCUGGUACCACAAGCUCUGCACCGAUGUGGAGGGGCUAUCCGAAAAGAAAACGCAGACCGCCAUUUGGCGACACAUCGCCACGCUGAGCGCUGAUGAGUACGAUAUGGUUUGCGCCAAGUACUAUGGAUCCGAGAAGACAAACUGUUCUGUUUCUGAACAGAACCAGUUCCUUAUGAUGCUGUUACGGGCACAUUGCGAGUCGCGGCAGCAACGACAUGUACAUGAUACCGCUGAGAAUCGUUCUGAAUUUCUAAAUCAGUAUUUGGGCGGCAGCACCAUCUUCAUGAAGGCGAAACGCUCACUGACAAACUCAUUUGAUAACCUUCUCAAACGAAAACCCUCCAAGGACGACAUAUCCCUGCCACCACACAAUUUACAUGAAAUACGUGAAGGAUCUGCAGAGCAACAGGGCAACGAAGGCUCGCUCCCGAGCUUCAGAUGUCGAGCGAGCACUGUAGGUGCUAGUCCCAGCAAUAAGGCAAGCGCCGAUCACCUCAAAAGCCCAAUGAUGGAUAUCUUUAUUAAAGUGGGCAACAGUCCUAAGGAGGCUGAGACACAUCAGGGCUCAUGGCGGCAGGCCAUACUGAACAGCGUAGUUACUCCGUCCAAGGCUUUGGAUUGUGAGAUGCCCACCGAAUUUCUGUCGCCCAUGCGCAAACCUGUCAAGCGUGGCAAGCGCGAUGCAGCCGAGCUGCGAGAGCUGUGGCGCACGGCCAUUAAACAGACGAUUAUGCUGAACCGCAUGGAAACUGAGAAUGCCAUGCUGCAGGCACGCCAGAAUGAAAACGAGCUAAAGCGCAUGAAGCUUGACUAUGAGGAAAUUGUACCAUGCGACAAGCAGCUGAUCGAACGCUGGGAGCAAAUCAUUGAGCGAAACUCUAUGCAAAUUGGCAACAAAAAGGAUCCCAAAGUGCUGCGACAUGCUAUACGUACUGGAGUGCCGCGGUCAAAACGUGGUGACGUGUGGACGUUUUUGGCCGAACAGUAUUCGAUGAACAUGGCUCCAGUGGAUACGAAACGAUUUCCAAACUACAACACACCAUAUCAAACGCUGCUUAAACAGUUGACCGAACAUCAGCAUGCGAUAUUCAUUGACCUGGGGCGCACUUUUCCCAAUCAUCAGUUUUACAAGGAUCCGCUUGGGCUGGGUCAAUUGUCGCUGUUUAAUCUACUGAAGGCCUACUCAAUACUCGAUCCAGAACUGGGAUACUGCCAAGGUCUUGGUUUUAUUUGUGGCGUACUGUUGUUACAUUGCGAUGAAGCCAGCGCUUUUCAGUUGCUGAAGCACCUGAUGUUUUGUCGCAAUAUGCGCACCAAAUACCUGCCGGAUAUGAAAAAGUUUCAGCUGCAGCUGUAUCAGCUGUCUCGUCUGGUCAAGGAUCAUCUACCCGAUCUGUAUAUGUGGCUGGAUCAGAACGAUGUUUCACCCACUUUAUAUGCAGCACCGUGGAUUCUUACCGUAUUCAGUUCACAGUUUCCAUUGGGCUUUGUAGCGCGUGUUUUUGAUUUGGUUUUCCUUGAAUCCUCUGAUGUUAUUUUUAAGUUUGCUAUAGCGUUACUCACUGUGCACAACGAACAGCUGCUGGCACGCAGUAACUUUGAGGACAUCAUGGAUUAUUUGAAAUCGAUGGUGCCUAAAAUUGAAGAGCACUGCAUGGAGCAAAUCAUAAAAAUUGUGUUUUCGCUGGACAUUGGCAAGCAGCUAGCGGAGUACAAUGUGGAGUAUAACGUGUUGCAGGAGGAAAUAACUACAACAAACCAUCAUCUGGAUAUGUUGAAUAGAGAGAAGUCGCUAAAUCAGCAUCUUGAGCAGCAGCUGCAGUUCGCUCAAUCAUCCAUUGCACAGCUGGAGAUGACGCGCUCUUCGCAGCAAACGCAAAUAUCGACACUGCAAACACAGGUGCAGUCGCUGGAGCUGACAAUACAAACCCUCGGCCGAUACAUUGGGCAACUGGUUGAGUACAAUCCGGAAUUGGAAUUGCCCAGCGAGGUGAGACGAAUGCUGCAGCAACUAGAUGAUCUGGAGCGACAACGACGCAAGCCCAUAUUCGCCGAGCGUAAAAUUGGAAAAUCUGUUUCGGUCAAUAGUCACUUGGGGUUUCCACUAAAGGUGCUCGAAGAGCUGAGCGAAAAAGACGAACAUGGUUCGCUCCAAAAGCAGAAGAAGGAGAAGACACCUUUUUUUGAACAACUGCGCCACCAGCAACAGCAACUGCAACAGCAGCGUAACACACACAGUAAUGGCCAUUCCGAGUUCCCUUAUAAUUCUGUCUCGCCAACACCACCAACGCGUCCCAAUCGGCUGCUGGACAAUACCAAUGCAAGAAGCGUGAUGCAAACGAAACUUAAUGAGUUAAAGCUGCCGGAACAUGUCGAUAAGCUUGUAGCUAAUAUAAAAAGUCCAUUAGAAGUGGACUCUGGCGUUGGCACACCACUGAGUCCACCCAGUACGGCAAGCAGUAACAGCACCAUUAGCAACAACAGUGCAGGAAGCAUCUUUAGCCGCAUGGGAUAUAAGACCACGCCCACAGCGUUUUCGCCGUUAACCACGCGGCAGAGCUAUGAAGGCGCCAUUGCAAUAACAACAGCUCCCACAGUGGCACCACUCGAAGAAAUCUUAACCACAACUGCUGCCAUGGGUGUGCAGGAUGGCAGGGAGCCUGAGUCGGGCAUGCAUCCACUUAGUAUGGUAGGCGGCGAUGUUAAUGUUCGUUUCAAAGGCACCACUCAGCUGAAGUCCAUACGGCCCAUACAUCAUAUGCGAGCGAUUACAUUGGCAGGCGUGCCGCCGAGCAGCGCGGAUCCAACGGUGGAGCUGGAGAUACCAGCAACUGGUCCAACAACAGCGGCCACCGGUCGCAGCUAACGCUUCUAAUUCAUUGACAAGAUGCUGCGUGGCCUCUACCGGGAACCUCUCGCUAAGCAGCUUAAAUGCCUCA